UGUGUUCGAUAAGCGUUAACAAAAGUAAUAAAACCACUGAUUUUGGAGACAAUAAUAAUUAGGUAUCAGUUGCCGUUGUAGUAAUGUUGUACUUGGUUGUGUUUGGAGCCCUAGUGGCGUUUGCCAGCGGACAAACCACACAGGUUACCCAAUGCAGACACAGUGAGGGCGAGGUGCCCAUAAACACAUAUGUCGGCGGAUGCGAUGUCCCGCCCUGCGGGCUCCCGCAAUUGGAGGAUGCCGUUAUUAACAUCGUGUUCAGAGCUCCACGCACAAUGCACAGCAUGACAACACUUGCAAUCGCGUACCUGCCGGGUUUACUGGGCAUCGAGAUCCCGAUCCCCUACAACCUGCGGGAGAAGGCGGUCACUUGCAACUUCCUGGACAACUCGUAUUGCCCGGUGCUGGAGGGAGAGGUGUUGCAGUAUACGUUGCUCAUGUAUAUCGAGCCCACUUUUGUUGUGGGCAUCGCUCCUACGAUCGAGUUCCGCAUCGCGGACGAGAGCGGCGAGUCAUUCCUGUGCCUCCGCGUGCCCGUCGUCAUCCUGCCGUCCAACACCCGCCGAGCAAACGCUACGCUACUAGAUUAUAACUAACCAUACUGUAACUGCAACCUGUGUAUGUUACUUAAUAUAUUUAUUACUUAAAAACAGAAUAAA